AAGGAGUUUGCAAAAGAUGUACUUCCGGUAUUUAGACGACAGAGAAACGUUUCAUUUAUAGACCUAUAUAUUCAGAUAUUUCUCUCGACUGGUGCGCACAUACAGAUCAAGAUGGGGAAGGGUUUCAACAAUUAUAUGACCAAGAAGUUCUUCCAUCCAGCUAGCAAGGAUAACAUAAAACGAGUAUGGAUGGCUCAACAAAAGACCACCUAUGAAAAGAAAAAGCAAGAGGAUCUAAUGAACCAAUAUCAAAAAGAACAAGAGAUGCUAAGCAACAGGGCCUUGCUAGGAGAUGAGAAGGCAAAACUGGGGCUGAGUUUCUUGUAUGAUGCUCCACCAGGUAUGAAGAAGAAAGAGCAGGAAGAUGAUGGGGAACAGGAGAUAAAGUUUGAGUGGCAGAGGAAGUACAACGCUCCUCGUGAGGCAUAUGCCAAGAAUGAUGAAACAAUUCGAGAUCAGCCAUUUGGUAUUGAGGUGCGCAAUGUCCGAUGUAUCAAGUGUCGACAGUGGGGUCACGUCAAUACUGACAAGAUUUGUCCUCUCUUUGGAAGGAACCUGACUGCCGAGCCGCCUCAACCUGAGAACACAACUUCAUCGUUGCUGGAGAGCCUGAAGGAAGAUGGCUUCCAGAUGAAGAAGAGCAUCAUGGGAAGGUUGAUGGAAGGCGAGGAUGAAAAGAAGGUCGUUGACACAGAUGAUGAAGAUGACCCUGAGGUACUGUUUCUAAAGUCUCUCACACCCAAACAGAAGAAAAAACUCUUGAAAAAACUGAACAAGCUCCAGAGCAAGGGAUCAUCAAUGAAGUCCAAGAAGAGCAAGAAGGAAAAGAAAAAGAAGAAAAAAUCAAAACAUGCAGAUUCUGACUCUGAAUCUUCAGAUUCUGAAAAGAGAGGAAGAAAGAGGAAGCAGAAGACCACUAAAAGAAAAAACGAAGAUUCAGAUUCCGAGAGCAGUAGCAGCUAUGACAGUGAUGAUCCAAGGGGAGCUUACUCUGUUAGCAGUAGAGACGUUAGACCAAAAGAAACACGACCCAGCAAGCGAGGAUACUCUCUUGGUGACCGCAGUCGGAGCCCUCUACAUAGGCCUCAUGACCGCGAGGCCUUUCAGCGUAGAUCUGAACAGACAAGGUCACGAAAAGACUCAUCCUCAGAGGAGGAUCAUAAACAGGAUCACCGGUUCAGACAACAAAAACAUAAGUCUGAUCCAUAUGAUCAUCAGAGAAAGGGUAGAAAGUCAAAGGACAAUAGACAUCGGAGACAUCAGCCCUCAAACUCUGAUUCGAAGAUGACGAAUCUCAUGAGAGGAGGAAAAAAAAGUCACGUGAAUACAAACAGCGAUUGAAUUCCGAUUCUGAAAGUGAGAAAUAUUCAUCAAGAAGUGGUAACUCUAGUCGUAAAGAUUUACGACAGCAAUCAAGCUCAUCCGAUUCUGAGGAUGAGAGUCAGGGUUCGAAAAGAAAAGAUGUUGAUGGCAACCGGUACAGAGACAGAGAGUCAGGAAAACUGAGACGUGAUGUGGAUGAAGAUCGGUAUGACAGAGAUCAGUCAAGGAAA